GGUUCACAUAGACUGCCAAUUGGAGACAAUCCCGAUUCAAAUAUAGCUAGAAAAGCGUGUCCUUCCUCAUGUCACGUAACAACCACAGAAAGGUUAGAUAUUCGUUUGGAAUUAGGGUUAGGGUUAGGAUUGAGAGGUUGGAGAGGAGAAGACGCUGCCACCUGCGAGUGCAAUUCAAAUCGUUGAGACCAUGGAGAAAGUGUGAUGGACAUACACCAUUGAUAUGGUCCCCUGAAGCUCAGGUCAGGUCUCUCUCUCUCUCUCUCUCUCUCUCUCUCUUUGCUAUCUCUUCUUUUCUUUCUCCCAUCAUAAUCAGACGAACUCCAUGGAAGAACAAGUUGAUCGUAUUAGUGCUCUACCUGAUGAAGUCAUUCUCCACAUCCUUUCAUUCAUGCCGAUGAAGUUUGCGAUUCAAACAGGCAUUUUAUCGAACAGGUGGCGUCAUCUCUGGAAAUUUAACCCCGUUCUCGAUUUCCCACCUUUUCCUUCUUCUUCUUCUUCAACCACCGAACCAGUCGUAGACUAUGGCUUUGUCAAUAGGUGUCUUAGCCUUCACAAAGCCCCUAUAAUUCAAAAAUUCACCAUCAUCACCGUGGUUGGUGAUUCCACUUCCGAUUCCUUCAACCCUGACAUUGAAAGCUGGGUUGAUUUCGCCGCUUCAAAGCACGUUAGAUUUCUCGAGUUCUACUGGUUUGUAAAACCCUACUGUCCCAGGUUGUUUCAAUUGCCGAAUUCAUUUUAUGAUACUGAAUCGUUAGAACAAUUGGUAAUGACCUCCGUUGACUUUAAUCCACUGCCAUCACCACCACCACCUUUUGUAUCUUUGAAAAAGCUCACUCUUUUUCGAUCUCAACUUACUGAUGAAGCACUUGAAGCUGUUAUGUCUACAUGUUUGCUACUUGAGAGUUUAGCUCUUCACUUUUGCUAUGGUCUUGUCAACGUUAAGGUCUCGGGUACGGCUCUUAAGGAAUUUGUAUUUUAUCGGGAAAACCUUGGAGAAAUGACUACAUUACAAGUGGAUGCGCCCAAUUUAGCAACCCUGAAGACCUGGCGUUGCUUGAAUAUUCUCCGGCUUAACAAUUCUUGUAGCCUUCUUGGCGCGAAUCUUUUUGAUGUGGGGAAUUGGGAUUUGGAGAAUUGGGAUUUGCGGAAAAGCAAUGUUAGAAUAUUGCUGGAUCAACUAGCUCAGGUUGAGGUUCUUGCUGCUAAUGAUUGGGUUCUUCAGUUUGUAAUCGAAGAAUAUUAUAGGAAUGGAAAACGAUGUACUAUAUUCAAGAACCUCAAGGAAUUCUAUUUUAUGGGUUCACAACUAAAGGAAGAAUACAAUAUGGUUAUCUUCUUUGCCUUUUUGGAAGAUUGCCCCCUUCUCCAGAAAAUUAAAAUUGAUUUUCGAUUGUCUUGUUGGACUGGGACACACAAGAAAUUGCCUACAAUGGAUAUAACACGAUUUUAUCCCCAUGGGGCAAUCGAAUUUAUAGAGAUCAACCCGCAGGCUGGAGAACUGUUACCACAAGUUAGUCUUCUACUUCAGCUUAAAUCUAUUGAGUUGUUGUACUUUUCUGGAUACAAGUAUGAGAUGGAGCUGGUGAAGCUAUUGUUGGAAAGGACCGUGAGUUUAGAGACUAUGUCUGUGGUUUUUGAAGAUCCUGAGCAAUAUCUAGAUGUGUUUUCGCUUCAAUGUCGUGUUCCUAUUAAUCAGAGAGAGUUUCUUCAAGAACAAGUGUGUCUCUACACCAGAGCUUCCCCUAGUGCCCAGAUCUUGUUUAUCUGAAAUUUCUGUGCAUUUUCAAAAGGUGGAUAAUCACCACUCAUUAUCAGCACCACAGAAGCAACCAUUUACUUUACCGAGACCAACAUCAAUUGAAGAACUCAAAACUCCUCCGUUGGAGGACUUGUUAAAGUCAUCCCGGGCAACUAGAUCUAAAAGUCAUAAACUAUAUGGUGAUGUAAAUAAAACCUUAGGAUUGUUAGAGGCUGCUCAAUCCUUCCAUUCCAAAUUUUAUGUGCCUCCUACUAAUUAAGGAGAAAGGAACAAUUACACAACAAUAUAAUAAUAUAUGAUUAGGAAACAACCUCUUUACAUGCAGAGAUAAAUACUAUGUAUGUUUGAUCUGACUCUUGCAUUGCUAAAAGUCCCGUGCACUGGAAUUAAGAUUGCCUUUCAUAAUACAUUCUGUGGAAUCAUAACCAUAGCUUUUUGGAUUUUUUGUAUUAGCCUUGGUGAUUUUUUUCUUCUUAGUAUAAUAAUUUUGCUGAA